CCAGGGAGGAUGGGAGGCGGCCAGUCAGCGACCUCAGACCUGAAUCUCCUUGUGGAGCUCAGAUUGCCCUUUCAUGCAUGCCGAUCUCUUUUGAGCCCGUUCAUCAAGCAAGUCUAGCUCAGACAGCUUUCGCCACUGCCAACCCGAAUGGAGGCAAAAAGUUUGAAAAGACAAGUCCACUUGGUGCGCUCUUUCUAUCAAUACCCAUAGCGACCAGCAUGAAGAUCUCUAUGAUUAGUCGGUCACUUGAUGACCAUCUGCCAUCCUCAUCCUCCGCUCCUCAUCCCCUCCAACGCAACUUGGCUCCCCAUCUUCAUCCGUUCGCGAAGCCGAGAGAGUACACUAGAGCCCUCAAUGCGGUCAAGAUUGAUCGAAUGUUCGCCAAGCCAUUCGUCGGCGCUCUCGGCGGUCACCAAGAUGGAGUCUACUGCUUAGGCAAGGACCCAAGAAGAGUCUCAGUAGUAGCUGCUGGUGGUGGUGAUGGCGAGGUCAUUGUCCAUUCUUUGACUCUCAGAAGGCCUCUCUUGAAGAUUCCGAAUGCGCAUCGAGGGAUGGUCGGCGGUGUUUGCUGGACGUCCGACGCUAGGGACGGAAAGCGAGGUAUCAUCAGUUGUGGAAAAUUGGACGGGACCGUCAAAAUCUGGAAGAGUGAUGCCUUCGCUCCAGGAAGACGGGACGAUGGCAGCGACGAUGAAGAGGAGAUCUUGGAUCUAGCAGGAGCAGUGGGAGAGAAUGAUUAUGACGAGGAGGACGACCUGGCAAUGGAUGAAAAGGCUCGAGAUGCCCGGGGCAAGAACCUGGAACCGGUCAUGUCGUAUACUACCAAGACGGGUUUCAACUCUAUCGAUCAUCAUUAUACGGACAGUGCUUUUGCCACAGGGUCCAACACCGUACAGGUAUGGGAUGAGACGAGGACCGCACCAUUGUCUACACUGCAAUUUGGAAGCUCGCUGGAGUCAGUGACUGCUGUUCGUUUCAAUAAGAGCGAAACGAGCGUGCUGGCCAGUGUUGGGGGAGAUCGGAGCAUGUGUCUUUAUGACAUACGGACGGGCAAGGCCGAGCGACGUUUAGUGAUGCAGUUCCGGUCAAAUUGCCUGUCUUGGUGCCCUACACUCCCUACAGUCCUUCUCCUGGGAUCAGAGGACCACAACAACUACACAUACGAUAUACGGAACCUCGAGAGUCCCACUCAGAUCUACAAAGGGCACGUAGGAGGAGUUAUGGGGUGUGACUGGAGUCCGACUGGUGAGGAAUUCGUGUCCGGAUCCUACGACCGCACGAUACGUCUAUGGAGCCGAGAUGCGGGAAAAAGUCGAGACGUGUAUCACACCAAGAGAAUGCAGCGUGUCUUUGAUGUCACGUUCACACCGACUGCCGAUUACGUUCUGUCCGCUUCAGACGACGGCAAUGUCAGGAUAUGGAAAUCUGAGGCCUCACGCAAGAUUGGCCCAGUCUCCACAAAAGAACGUCAAUCGAUGGAAUACCGCAAGGCUUUAGUCGAUCGAUGGUCAUCGGUAUCCGACAUUCGCGCGGUCAAGGAUCGACGACACGUGCCACAGAGUGUGCACAAUGCCACCAAGUUGAAGAGAGAGAUGAUAGAGAGCCGAAAUGUCAAAGAGGACAGGAGAAGGAAGCAUUCCCGUGCAGGGAGGGAGAAGCCAAAGGCGGAGCGAAAGAAGGCUGUUAUUGUAGAGCAGAAAUGACUUAUUAUGACCCCACGUCACAGUUUCGCUGGACAUUCCUCUUUUCGCCAUCUCUGUUGUAUUCCAAAUCAUAUCCUCGCAUCUAGAUGCAGA